ACCAUUGUCCUUACAAUUCCCAAUACUCACAUAACCCUCUCUCUGCCCUUCCAAAGCUUCCUCCUUUCAUCUCAAAGUUUGCAACUUGUUCCUUCUUUCAAGUAACUUUGCAAAUGGAGUCAAUGAAGAUGAAGCUUUCAGUGGCUAUGUUGGUGGUUGUGAUGGUGGCCUUGUCAAGCAUUGAGAAGGUGGCUGCAGCUGAUGCUCCAGCACCUACCCCAACAUCUGAUGCCACCACCCUCUUUGUGCCCACUUUCUUUGCAUCUCUAGCAGCUUUGGCUUUUGGGGUCCUCUUCUGAAUCAGCUCUCUUUCAGUCAUGACUGCAUUUUAGGCUGAUUGGUGUAGUAGUAAUAUUAUGCAAAGUAUCUAUCUUUCUCUCUCACUUUUCCUUCUCUCUCUCUAGAAUCACUUGUAUUCAGUUUUUCAGGAAAGAGAGAGAGAGUGGAAAAUGGGUGGGAUUGAUAUUUUAUAUAUCUUCUUUCCUCCUUGGGGAUUUCAGGUUGUAAUUUGAUUAUUUAUUGGUGAGGAUAUGAGGGAUUGUUUGAGUGUGGUUGAUGUAUAUUAAUCUUCUUCUUGUAUUGUAUUUUUCUUCCUAUUAUGAUCCCCUAAUUCAUUGUAUCUGUGCUCCAUUUGUAGUAAUAAAAUCCCAUUAUUGUAUCUUUA